CGGACAUGACGCCUCGAGGGGGAAGAAAAUAGAAAUCAAGCGAAGUAGGCAAUAAUAUAAGACAGAGGAGGAGCUGUGUGAGCGAGAGAGAGAGAGCGAAAGACUUGUCAACGCAUGCUUUCCCCUCCCUCCUCCUACGACCAGCGAUGAAGCUCUCGAUCGUCCUUCUCUUGUUCCUCAUCUCCUCCUUCCACCUCUCCUUAUCCCAGCGCUACAAUGCCUUGUUCAACUUCGGCGACUCGCUCUCCGACACCGGCAACGUCGUCAUCGCCGGUCUCCCCUACGGCAUGACCUACUUUGGCCACCACACCGGCCGCUGCUCCGACGGCCGCCUCGUCAUCGACUUUAUCGCCGAGGGGAUCGGGCUGCCGCAUCUGCUGCCCAACACCGCCACGAACGCCAGCUUCCACCAGGGCGCCAACUUCGCCUUCAUCGCGGCCCCGGCUCUACCGUUUGACUUCUUCCACCAGCGAGGCCUCAGCAAGGGCCUCUGGGUGAACGCCUCCGUCCACGAACAGGUGGAUCGAUUCGAGAAGCUGCUUCCUUCCAUCUGCGGCGCGCCGCAAGAGUGCAAGGACUUCCUGAGCAAAUCCCUUCUCGUCGUCGGCGAAUUCGGCGGGAACGAUUACAACACCGGGAUCUUCGGCGGCCGGUCCAUAAUAGAAGUGAGCACCUUCGCGCCCCACGUCACCCAGGCCGUCGCCGAGGGCGUCGAAAGAUUGAUCGGCCUCGGUGCUGUGGAUCUCAUCGUGCCGUCGGUGCUGCCGGUCGGCUGCUUCCCGCUGUACCUGACGCUCUACAACUCCUCCAAUCCGGAAGACUACGGCCCCAAGACCGGGUGCGCGAGGAAGUUCAACGCCUUGUCGUGGUACCACAACACUCUUCUCCGCCGGCAGAUUCAUAGGCUCCGGCAGAAAUUCCCAGCCGUUUCCAUCCGGUACGCCGACUACUACGCUCAGGGCUUCGACUUCGCCAUCAAUCCUCUCAAAUACGGAUUCAAAGAUGGAGCCUUGAGAACUUGUUGCGGGGCCCCCGGAAUGAGCAAAUACAACUUCAACCUGCACGCCAAGUGCGACCAGAAUGGGUCGACCGUGUGCCCAGAUCCCGCGACUCACGUGAGUUGGGACGGAAUCCACAUGACGGAAGCCGCCCACAACAUCAUCGCCCGAGGUUGGCUGCACGGCCCCUACGUCGACCCACCCAUUCUGAGCUCCAGCAACAGUUGAGACACACCCAUCCCCAUCCAAGAUUGAAGCAGAAGAAGCGGAGGAAGACAGACAGAGACACCCGUGCUUGAAAUUUAUUUUGUUCCCGUCGAGGUCUAUGGAACACUCUGCUCCAUUCUUUGGUUAUCAAAGAUUAGCGAGUUGUAUGAUGACCACAGAUGUUUGUUUAGAAAUCACAAUUGAUGAAGCGAGAAAAGAAAAAAAAGAAGAAAAACCCAGUAAUGUCGCCUUUUGCUUAA